AUGGCCGCCUCCACCAUGUCUGUCUGCUCUGACGCCUGCACCAACUCCUCCUGGCAGGUGGACGACUGCCCAGAGAGCUGCUGUGAGCCUACCUGCUGUGCCCCCAGCUGCUGCCAGCCCAGCCCCUGCCUGACCCUCCUCUGUACCCCAGUGAGCUGUUCAUCCAGCCCCUGCUGCCAAUCUGUCUGCUGCUCACCCUCAUGCUGCCAGCCCUCAUGCUGUCAAUCCUCCUGCUGUGUGCCUGUCUGCUGCAAGCCUGUCUGCUCCAAGCCUGUCUGCUGCAAGCCUGUCUGCUGCAAGCCUGUCUGCUGCACACCCAUCUGCUCUGGAUCCUCCUCAUGCUGCCAAUCUGCCUGCUGCACACCCUCAUGCUGUCAGUCUUCCUGCUGUGUGCCUGUCUGCUGCAAGCCUGUCUGCUGCAAGCCCUGCUCCAGUGUGUCCCUGCUCUGCCGCCCUGCCUGCUCCCGCCAGGCCUGCUGUGGCCUCUCCUCAUGCCAGAAAUCCAGCUGCUGCUGA